UAACCAAUAUAAAGAUUUAUUUAAAAUAAAUGCAGAGUACUGUUCAUGAAGUGAAUUUUUUAAUUUCUCUAAUCCAUCCAAAAACAGUGAUUAUAUAGAGAAUAAAUCUAAAUUAAAUAUGAUUGCAAAAAUAAUAAGUAAUUAAAUUUCAUCAAAGCAAAUUAUUGUUUUGUAACUUUUCGCAUCUUUGCUGUUUGUGGUAGUUAUUUAAAAAUGGCGGAUGCAAUGUCUUCCGACACUACCUCAGAAUCUCUCGAUGAUGAUUUAUCUGAUAUAUCCGCUGAACGUCAAUCGCGAUUUGUUGUUAUUGGUCAAAAACCGCGAAAUUGUAAUCAAAAGAUUCAAAAACACUUGAUACAAAAAUUAUUUACCAGAGAAAUAAGAGGUUGUUUAUCACGACAUAGGCAUGAUGUGGAGGGAAAAUUAUUUAAUACCAUUCCUUCGUGGGGAUAUUUACCACUUCUUCAAGUCAUUCCAAUGUCCGCGAUUCAAGCUGGACAUAUUUUUAUGGGUCUUACCCAAUGCGGACAAUUCAUCUUAACAUACACAUGCAAUUUGGACCUUAGAGGAGGUUCUCUUUAUAAAUACCUAUUACACUGGUGGGCAUUUGCUCCCAAAAAAACAGCAAGAAAAGUCGCUGAAGUAACUCUUUUUGGAAAUUAUUCAAUAAGUAAGGAGCUGGAUGUUGUCGUAGCUCAAUGGCCUAUGGAAAAAAGUAAAAUAGUUAUACACGGCUUACAUUCUGACUGGGGGCAUACACAAACUACUGAUCGUGGAUAUUUGACAAUAACAACAGUACCUUCUUUAUCAAAUUGUAAAGACUGUGCAAAAGUAGCAGCAUCAUAUGAAGAAGAAGAAUUAGCAGCAAAUUGGGACGGUUGUGUAAGAUGUAAUUGUCUACAACAUGGACUUACAGUUCAUACAACAUAUGAAAUUUUUUCGCCAUAUCCACGAUUUCGUCCAUCAAUUUGUCUCAACUAUUGGAACCAUGUUGUAUUGAACACAGGAAAUUUUCUGCAUGUAUUGACUGUAGAAUUGCACGUGCCUAAGUGUAAAAAUUAUCGUAAUAAUGAUAAACAGGGUAGUGUAAUAUCUGAUGUGAUGCCAUUAGAUGUAAGUGAUGUUGAUGAAAUCGAUGAUGGUAGAACAGAGUGUUAUGAUAGUCCAAGCGAAAAAAUAGACAAUUUAGAAUCAAGUUGCGAAUUAUCACCAGGUCGUGAUUCAAUAGUGGACCGUGAGUUGGAUGAAAAUAGAAAAUUGACUGAUGAUAACUUGGUGAAUGGAAAAUCAUGUGAGUGUCUAAAUUCAAUUGAGUGUGAGUGUAUUAUUAAGACGACAAGUAAUGGAAAUAGUCUGGGUCCGAGAGCUAUUUCAGUAAGAGAUAAAAUUCUUCAGGAUUUUUGUGAAGAUAUGUCUCAAGAAUUAAGUAUUGGCAGUGAUUCAAUAACUUUAGUAAAACAUCCUUCAUGUUCUCCAAAAUCGACUCCACAACGACUUCCGAUGGAUUCAAAGCAACCUUGGUCUAUACUUACACCCUCUUUAGAUAUUCUUAGGACCAAAAAUUCUGAGUCUAGUCAUGGAUUAGCAAAAAAACGUCCAGUAUCUCCACAACCUGGAACCUCCCAGGACAACACCAGUACAAUAUGUAUUACUUCCAUAAAUUCUCCCUUACAUACACUUUCAAUUAGUCCCUCUCCUUGUUCUCCACGAUUAAUGUCUCCUCCUAUUACAUCUUUUAAGCAUCCCAGUCCAAGAAAGCGAGCAAGUCUUCAUUCACCGCCUUCACGAUCUCGUAUUUCUCAUUCAAAACUCAUUCUUGAAGCUGAAAAAGCAUACGAGUUUACCGAUGAUACACAAGAAACUUGUGAAAAAUUAAGCUCUUUCCGUAAAAGACGAUUAGCUGAUAAAAAAUAUGAAUUCCGAGAAGAAGCUGAAGAUACCGAAAAUAUUAUUCCUUUCAAACAUAUUAGAGAUCAAACUGAAUAUAAUCAUUGUUCAGUUCAUCGAAUAUUAUCUAGAGCUGUUUCACCAGCUUAUUCUAAUGGUAAAUGGCAACGUAUUGAGUCAGAAAAUAGUGAAAGUGAAGAGACUGUGCCAAACCAAGAUAUUUUAUACAGUUGUUUUCAACCUGUUGAACCAGCUAAAAAAUCGGUUUUAAGACCAUUGAGUCAAAAUCAGUUAUACAACUCUAUGAGUUGUCAUGGUCGAAUUUAUUCUCAAAGUGAUAUUGUACCUCAUAAUGUAUCGCCAUUAGCUCCAAAAUCAUUCAUUCCUCAUCCUAUGAUUAAAUGUACAGCUCAUUUUAAACGAAGCUACAUAGAGUUAGACGAUGAAAUGAUCUCAGUCAUUACUGAUGUUGAAGAUGAUGAAACUGGUGGAUAUGUGAGUUAUCAAUGUGUCUUACCAGUAAAUGUACAUGGUUCAGGAUACGUUCAGAUGCAAAUGAUAAGUAAUAGUAAAGCAGCCAAAUUGAUGUUACCAUAUGUAUCAAUAAAUCAAUUUAGCUUCGAUGUUGAAACUUUUUCGCACCACAUUGCCGAUUGGAUUUGCAAAAAAUUUAAAAAAAAAUACUGGCACUGUAGUGACUACGAUAUUGAAAUAAUUGACGUAUGUGCAAUCAGUGGAGAUGUUAUUUGUGUGCUUAUAAUGAAAAUACAAGCCAGUGAAAAUUGUGCACAAACAAAUUGCUCACAAGAAAGGAAAACAUACCAAACUGGAUGCAAAUUUAUGUGGAAUGUAGAUACCAAUCAGUACAAAAUAACAAAUAUCUUGCCUAUGACUGAAAAGCCAGGAAAACCUAAUUAUUCAGAGUUGAUGAAUAGUUCUGGAUCUUUAUGGAAUCCAGCACGAUAUUUAGUUCCAUAUUUAAGAAAGAAAAGUCAACAAUAUUAUGCUCGUUCUGUGCGAUAUUUACAGCAUUCAAUGGGCUUUUCAGAUUCAUUAACUCAAAUUGUUGAUAUGGAUAAUUUAGUAUCAUUUUACUUAACAGCGUUACCUGAAGAUAUAGGACCAGACUGAAAAAAAAUUAUCAGUAAUGAUUAAAUUAUUUAAUUAAAAUUGGAAUGAAAUAUUUUGAAAGAAACUUUAUUUCAUUUCAAGAUUUUAAAAUUGUAAUUUUAUAUUAUUUUAAUGUAUUAUAUUAUUGCUGUAAAUGUUAUUUACUGUAAAGACAAUUGUGAAUGUUAAACUUUACAUUAAAUUCUUCGAUUAAUUUUUACUGAUUUUUCGGAAAC